AUGAAAGGACCUAAAUAUAUUGAAUAGGACAUAAUUAAGAAAGUUUGCCAAGCUGAAUAAUUUUAAUAACACAAAUUUAAAUUGAUAAAUACAAGAUCUGAUCCAUAUUUAUCAAAAAGAGUAUAAAAUAUUAUAGAUUUUAAGCAUGUUUUAUUAGAUAAUGAUAAAUACUAAUAAAUAAGAGCAAAUAAAUUUUAUACAAAAUUAUAAGUAGAUUUACAAAAAGAGUAACGAUUGUUUAAAGAAAAUGCAAAAAUCCUUAAUCGAAUAGUAGAUAUAGGAAAUUAAAAAAGUUACUCAUCUCUUCCAAAAAGAUCGCUGACUAGAUAGAGUUCUGCUAAUUCAAUAAAGUCUCUUAAUUUAUCUUACAGAAAGAAGGAGGCUUUAAAAAUAGUUGGAGAAAAUGAGAAAUUGAUGCAGCGGUUAUAGAGAACUCCUUCAACAUUUAGAAAUAAAGAAACAUAUCUUAGAGAUUACAAGAAGUAAAUGAUAAAUAUUAUCUAAGAACAAUUGAGUUAAAGAAUAGAAUAUCAAAAUUUUCAUAGUAAAAUCAACAAAAAAUGGGUAAAAUAGUUCAAAGAUUAACAAAAACAACAACAAAUCCAAAAUUUAUAAAAUCAAAUUAGAGCAAAACCAGUGCUCCAUCAUAUAAAAAUUCUGCAUUAUCUUAACUACGUAUAGAACCUGAAAGAUAAUAAAAGAAGUUAUAAUUUCCGAGAAUAAAAUGA